CACACACCACACCAGUCCCACCUCCCUCUGUACCCAAACUACAGUGAAGCCAAUUCAAGCGAUUCUCCGCAGUGCUGAAAGAGCAGAGUGAAGUAAAGAAGGAGAAGCAGCAGCAGCAGCAGGAGGAGGAGGAGGAGUGAGGAAGAGAAAGAAGAGGGGGAGAAGCAAAGGAGAAGAGGGGAGGUUCGGGGAAACACGAGAAAGAGAGAGAGUCUGUGUAGAGUAAGCAGCAGAGAGAGAGAGAGGCAGAUCAGGGGGGAAACUGCAAAAUUUGGUGUCCAGGCUUCCCAGUUGCGCACAGAUCUCAGCUGCACCGUUCCGACCAGCUCUCCGCUCUGCAGGAUGAGUUCGUUUAGCACGAGGGCGCUGACGCUGCUCUCGUCGGUGUUCGGGGCCUGUGGUUUGCUGCUGGUGGGCGUCGCCGUGUCGACCGACUACUGGCUGCUGAUGGAGGAAGGAAUCGUCCUGCAGCAGAACCAGACCACCGAGGUCAAGAUGGCGCUGCACUCCGGCCUCUGGAGGGUCUGCUUCGUGGCAGGACCGGAGAAGGGCAGAUGUGUGGCGUCGGAGUACUUCACCGAGCCGGAGAUCGAGAUCACGACAGAAAAUACAGCCAACAUCCUCAAAAUGGUCCGAACUGCCACUCCCUUCCCCAUGGUCUCCCUGCUCUUCGUCUUCACCGCCUUCGUCAUCAGCAACAUCGGACACAUCCGGCCGCAGCGCACCAUCCUCGCCUUCGUGUCCGGUAUAUUCUUCAUACUAUCAGGUCUCAGCCUGGUGGUGGGUUUGGUUCUGUACAUCUCCAGCAUUAACGACGAGGUGAUGAACCGACCCAGAGAGCCCGAGCAGUUCUUCCACUACCACUACGGCUGGUCCUUCGCCUUCGCCGCUUCGUCUUUCUGUCUCCACCCAGGGGCAGGAGUGAUGUCUGUCUACCUCUUCAUGAAGCGCUACGCCGAGGAGGAGCUUUACCGGCCUCACCCUGCACUCUAUCGCCCCCGCAUGUCCGACUGCAGCGACUACAGCGGCCAGUUCCUCCACCCGGACUCCUGGCCUCCACCGCAGCGAGGUCGCAGCGCCUCCGAGGUCUCCUCCGACAUCUCCAUCCAGCUCAACCAGACCCCCCCACCACAGCCGCCUCCCAAAGGGGGCAGCAGCUCCCAGGCGACGCCCUCAUCCUCCGGUCCUUCAUCGGCCGCCAGCUACCAGCUCCAGCCGGCCUCUUCCUCCUCCACCUCCUCCUCCUACCCGCACCCCCUUUACCCAGCCGCCACCUCCACCCUUCCCAGGGUCUCCCACGCCCACGGCCACCCUCAGCCUCACCCUCACCCAAGCGGGCCCCCGCCUCAGUCUCUCCCUAUGGCAGCGCCCCCCUCUGCCGUGCCUCCUCCCCGCUACCACACACAUAUGCGAAUGAGCGCCUCGCCAUGCUAGGCUACAUAAGCAGGGAACGGGAGGGAAAACACAACUCGGGGUGGGUUGGGGGGGUUAGAUUGGCUCUGUUACAGCUCUGACACACCACACGACAUAAACACAGAUACAAACACAAAUCCUGUACCCUCAAAGUGUGUGGGAGGAGGGUUGCGGCAGAGUCACUGAAGGAAGGAGGUUUAAGGAGAUCAAAAAAAAAAAAAAACAAA